UGUGUAUCAUAAAACCACAAAUUUCAGUAUGCCAUGAAAUGAACCUUCCACGUGACAGCAAUUCAACCCCCCGAAAAUGCCAUGUUUCUGUCAGUUUUUCAACAAAUCCAAACAGUACCGUGCUAUCUCCAGUACAACUGCUGCUGACGGUGGUGGCUCAAGUUCCAAUCAGACAGACCCCAUUCGUGGCGGAAAUGUAUCGGCGUCAGAACUGGUCCAACUAAAAGCUGAGGUAUGGACGCUCAGAAAUGCCCUGUCGGAAGCGACCGCAGUCAACAACAACUUACAGGAUGCAAUAACACAAACGGUGACGGAAAAAUACGAACUGCUCGAUGAACUGCAGCGGUCCAAAAAUGAUGUUGCUUCGCUGGAAGCGGAACGUCGGGAGGAACGUAAUCUGUACAGCCAGGAUAAAGAUAAAUUCCUACAGGAAAUUGCAUCCUAUCGGGUGAAAAUUAAAGAACUGUCCUUUUUGGUGGACAAAAUCUCGCAACAGAACAUUGAGCUAAAGCAGUCACUUUUUGAAGCAAACGAUACAGUUUGUAAAAUAGGGCAGAAGUAUAUGAAGUUAAAGUCGUUAAAUUACUAAAACAUACCUAUAAUAAUAAAAUUAGCUCGUGUCAAAAAGCUGAAGCCUUGG